GUGAACUCAUUCAUUUCUUUCCUUUCUUAUUUUUGAUUUCUCUCUUUCAUAGCGUCUCGCUAUGAGAUGAGAAUGAGCGACGACCUCCUCCAGCUACGGGACAACUUCACAGCAGCUGCCCUGAUUAACUUGACCGACUUGAAUCCACACCCGUUUGGAUCAAGGGAAACAGUCACAUUUGUUCCCGAAAGUAUAGAACUGAAAAAUGGGACAUCACUCUACUUUGCGCUCUGUGCCUACGAUAAACAGGAUCAGUCCUCUGAGAUGUCCAAUGUGGCCAGGAUUUAUGUCUUUGUCCCUGUACCUCUGGUAGAGCACCCAAAAGGUAACAGAGCAUUGCAGGCCAUUUGGAUCGCAGUAGUUGUCGCAGGCCUGGUGUGUUUGAUCAUUGGGAUUGUUAAGUACCUGCUUCACAAAAAAUCCACAAGUACAACUUUUGAACCAGUUUAAUGUCCUCGCUGGAGGAAUAAGUAGGCAGCAUGCAGUUAAUUGGGAUAAAUAUUCAAACAUUCAAUCAGAUUACGCAGUAUAUUUUAGACUUGAUUCUCAGGGGUGGCAGUCCAUGAAGGCCCACGCUUUUUCUCCUCUGCUUUUCUCCAAUAUUCAUGCUAUUUUCCAGGGAUUUCACAGCCUUUCUGCCAAUGUUUUAGUUUACUUAUCCUCAUUAUUGGCUUGGAAGAUGUAGGAAGCUGCAUGUUUAAAUGCAGAAAGGAUGUUCCUGUUAUCAGGGGAGCCCUGAACUGGGGGUCACAGUCUAUAGAUACAGGGUCAGCCAUUUCGGACUGGGAGAAAUUCCUUCACCCAGAGAAUGGUCAGCCUGUGGAACUCCCUGCCACAGAAAGCAGCUGAGGCCAAAACAUUGGAUGUUUACAAGUGGUUAGAUAUAGUUGUUGCGGCUAAAGGAUGUAGGGACAGCACAGGAACAAGGUAAUGUGUUGGAUGAUUUGCCAUGAUCAUAUUGAAUGGAGGGGCAGGCUGGAAGGAACGAAUGGUCAAAUCUUGCUCCUAUUUUCUAUGGUUCUAUGUUUAAACUGCCAAGGUAUUGCGGGUACAGUGCAGGGUACACAAGCUUUGGUUGUCACCAGCCUUUGCAUGUAAUUUUUUGGCAGUUGGUCAAC